UCCAUUGACUUUAUGUCAAGUGUAGAAAACAAGUAAUUAUUUGUAAAUAUUUUUUUUUCUUGUUGAUCCGUCUGCACAAGCAAUACUUGAAUGCAAUUUGCAUGUGUGCUGCCCGUUAGCGCAGCUGGUAAUCAGGCAAAGGACUUGAUUACAUUAAAUUACAUAAAAAAAAAAUAAUAAUAAAAUUAAGAAAGAGUUUGACUUGCUUAUCAAAAUCAACUUAGUAUUUAUAAGCACUUAGUGCUUAUUAGACUUCAUAAUAAUUAAUUAAUUAAGCUGAUGAAUUGAAUUUCUAGAUGAAACCAAUUUAGUCAAAUUUAUCGGUUUGAUUGGAAUUCUGCCAACCCCAAUUAUCAAUAAUUUAUUAGGAAUUGCGGAGUUAGCUUACAACUAAAAAUGAAUUGCGCAUGUAGCAAGUUUUCCGUUUCCUUGUACAAGUUGUACAACGCUAAGUUACUUUGAAAACAAGUGGAAUUGCGCUGCUUUUUACGCUAAUUUAUCAUCUCUAACAAUAAUAACAAUACUAUAGCCACGUUUUACGAUCAAAUUGCAGCCAUUGUUGUGCAAAUAUGAACAUAAACAUGCCAAUUCCUAUAUCUGAAAAGCAGAGAUAUCUUUAUUGUUUCCUCCCUACAAUAUUUUUGCUUUCUGCAGCAUUAUUCAUUGGCAGUGCAUUUGUGAUCACAGAUUACAAAGAGAAGUUCUUAGAAUUGGCAUCAAUUCAUGCUGUGAAGGAUGAAAAAUCGAAAAUUUGCGAGACCCAAAACAAGCCUCAUGGCAGUGAGACACUCCCUGGAGGCAUCAUUUCAGCAACAUCUGACCUGGAAAUGAAACCGUUAUGGGGUCAUCAGCAAAAGAACUCUAAGACACCUAGUAACUUACUGGCCAUGGCUGUGGGAAUAAAGCAAAAAGAUAACGUUAACAAAAUUGUCAAGAAGUUUCUUUCAAGUGAUUUUGCUGUAAUGCUUUUUCAUUAUGAUGGAAUUGUGGAUGAAUGGAGAGAUUUUGAAUGGAGUGGUCAUGUCAUACACAUAGCAGCUACCAGUCAAACCAAAUGGUGGUUUGCCAAGCGUUUUUUACACCCAGAUAUUGUUCCUGAGUACGCUUAUAUCUUCCUGUGGGAUGAAGAUAUUGGAGUUGACUACUUCGAUCCUGGAAGGUACCUUUCAAUUAUUAAAGAAGAAGGACUUGAGAUUUCACAACCAGCACUCGAUCCCAAUAAAUCUGAGGUGCAUCAUCAGCUGACAAUGAGACGCCAGGGAUCAAGAGUGCACAGGAGGAUAGAUAGAAAGAUUGGUGGGUCAAGGUGCGAUAAAAAUGUCACAGGUCCUCCAUGCUCAGGGUUUGUAGAAAUGAUGGCUCCUGUUUUCUCAAAAGAUUCCUGGCGUUGUUCUUGGUAUAUGAUUCAGAAUGACUUGGUUCAAGGAUGGGGUGUGGAUUUUCAACUGGGGUACUGUGCACAGGGCGAUCGAUCAAAAAAUAUAGGGAUUGUUGAUUCUGAGUACAUAAUUCAUUAUGCUCUUCCUACACUUGGAGGUUCUGCAGCAAAUAAGGAACAACCAUUGUCGAAGCAACCCCAUGAUAGACAAACGGUCAAGAAAUGGUCAUUUGUUGAGCUAGAGAUAUUCAAAAACAGGUGGAGAAAAGCUGCUAGAAAUGAUCAUUGUUGGACUGAUACAUAUCAAAGCUAGUUGCUUUUGUGGAAAUUCAAUGCCUUACAAAACUAGAAUGCUUUUACUAGAUGCACUGAUGCACCUAAUCAUCUCUCACUGCUUGUCAAACUUUAAUUUGUUACUUAAUUUUUAAUUCAGAACAUUUAAAUUUCAAUAUAUAAAAUUUUUUAUGCUUAAAUUUCAA